AUGAAGCGCAGCCAGCCCUCUGGGUUUCACGAGUCGACCGUGAAGCACCAGAAGACCGAUCCGGAGCAGACAUCAAACCUUCCAUCCAGUCUGCAUGCUCCAGUGUCUCCGCCACGCAGGAGGGCAGCAACCGACAGGAGCAGAAAAGACAAUGACAAUGACAAUCAUCAAAGCAAGACUGCAAUAAUACAGGUUGAAGAUGACGGCCCCAGUCUAGCCGCCGUCGAAGCUGGCCAGGUCCAGGUCUCCGACCCUCUGGCGCUCUUUUCCUCCAGACUCGCUCAAGCCGCAGCUGCGCGGGCAGCGGUGCCAGAUCAUCCCCAGCUGUCCAUCCCCGAGUGGGUGGAACUCUACCGGCGCAACCAGCAUCCUCACGGCCGCCAUUUUGUGAUCCAUCAGCAUGAUCACCCUGUUGCUGGUCCUCAUUAUGAUCUCAGGCUGCAGUUUUCCGAGACGAGCUCCCUCAGCUGGGCGAUUAUGUACGGUCUUCCUGGGAAUCCGAACAGUCGGAGGUUGAAUCGGAAUGCAACGGAGACGCGGGUGCAUUGUUUGUGGAACCAUCUCAUCGAAACAGGAUCUGCAAAAACAGGCAGCAUGAUCAUCUGGGAUACCGGCGAAUACUCGAUCUUGCCGUAUCGUCCAGAUCCUCAAGUUCCUGAAACGGACGACUCGAGCUCGGACAUUUCCGAGUCGUCGUGGUCCCACGAGGGUCCUUCAGAGAGCGAGAAACUGCGAGAAGCAUUCCAGAACCGCAAGAUUCGACUGCGAUUGCAUGGCACCCGCCUGCCACCAAACUAUACAAUCGUCCUUCGGCUCUCCACGGAGGAUGACAACGCGGCACGAUCGAGAGCGACUCCCCGUAAGCGACGCAGACGCACGGCGCCAUCGACGGCCAGCACGCCGUCGACUUCUCCGUCUCCUCCGGAAGGACACCUGCCAGAUGACAGCAACGGCGACGGCGACUCCGCAUCCGCGUCCGACGACGAGGUCAUCGACGAGCAGACGCGCCUGACAAACGCCUACCCAGGAGCCACCAACAGCAUCGGCUCCAUCCACCAACGGCGAUGGUUCAUCACGCUGGACCGGGCCAACAGCGGCUUCGAGCCUCGCAGCCAACCGGGGGAUCGAAAGAAGACGUGGGUGCGAAAGCGAGUGUACGACGAGGUCGAUGACAAAGGCAGAUUACUCGGUUUCGAGCCAUUCUAUGUCCGGGGACCGGAGGUGGAAAGGAGUGUGGUGACGGGGCGGACGGGGUAUGAGGUGCUUCGGGAUGAGGGCGUAGAGGGGUUUGUGAGAUUAUUCAGACUAGUUCCAUUUCCAUGCUAG